UGUGCGGGUGUGUGUGUGUUUUUAUUCUGUGUACAAUCAAAUGAAUUAAAAUGGAUAUACCCCAAUGGAAAAAGGAAUUAAUAAAUCGAAAACGUUAUCAAAACAAGUGUUUGUCUGCAGGCAGACAAGGACAAGUACACCAACUGUCAUUCCCCUCUUUAUUAAAAUCAUCAAAUCAAACAACAGCUGCAACACAAAAUGUUGAGGUACACUGUAGUACGACAAACGUUGAUGAUUUUGAUGGUAAUAAUGAUGAUACAAUCACUUCUAACUGUAAUGCAUUAACCAGUUCUGAAGCCGACUUAGUUCGAGUCGGUUGUUCACAUUUACCGUCAACAACAACAUACAAAACACAAAAUUUAUUUAACAAAAAAUGUGAUAAAAAACAAUCUAACAAAAUGGUUCAAAAUAAUAGUGCUAUGUUACAACAAAAUGGUGAUUUUUUUAUAAAUAAUAAUAAUAAUAAUAUUAAUAAUCAUACAAGCGAUGAAAAUAGUGAUGAUACCGAUUCAAGUGAAGAAUUACAAUACGGUCCGGGUAUCGUGAAUAAAUUAAAAUGUCGAUAUUUAAGUUUAACAUUACGUGAAACAAAAAUUAAAUCUCGUCCUUCAGUUCUACGACGAGCUGCAUCUUUAGAACAUAUUUUAGAUGAGAAACCAUCAUGCGAUGGAGAUCUUGAAGAUGGUGGUGCUAUUAUUACACAAACAAAUCGAUUAUUUAUAUCACAUGGCGAGAAUACACAUGGCGUUAAUACAGGAGGUACAAAACAUAAUAUUAGUUCACGCAGUCGAUCAAAUCGGUAUAAUUCUACGCGUAAUGGUGAUUCUAUGAAACGUGCUCGGUCUGUUGAAACAUUAUUACGUUAUAGUUCAUCAUCAACUUUAAUCGAAAAUGGUAAUGUUAAUUUAAGUAAAGAAAGUGUUAACGAAGAUAUUGUGAUUAUCGAUAAAGAUGGUAACGAACAAAAACCAGAAGUUACAAAAUCUAUACCCACUCCAGGACAACGAAUAAAUCGUCCAAAACGUAUAGCUCCUUUAAUGGAUGAAACUGAGCGUCCUCCAAUUAAUGUAGUUAAAUCAAAAUUAAAAAUAUUUGAAUCAACCGCAAAUCGGAAGUUACGUUCAGUUAAACCAGUUGGAGAAGUUGCAGUGAAAAUUGAUAAAUUCAAAACAAUUAUUGAGAAAGAUCGAAAGAAACCAGUGAUAAGACCAAAACCACCCCAAUUAGAAUCAAAAUCUGCAAAAGCCAAACAACAAGUUAAUAAUAACACUACACCCAAACAAAUUGAAUUAGUUAAAUGUACAGUGGAAACACCAAAACCAGAAGUGGAACUACCAAAAACUCAAAGACCGGAUAUAUCAAAGAUAACGGAAUUAUUUGAAAAAUCUAGUUUGGAUGGUAGUGAAAUAUCACGAUCAUCACCGGCACCACCUAGUCUACAUAAUGAUAUUAUUACCUCUGUUGAUGUAAAUCAUCAUCAAACGUCAUCCAAAGAACCAGAACCAGAAAUUUUGCCAAUCAGUCUCCAACCAACAAGCACAAUUAAUGAUGAAAUAAACAGUGCCAAAGAAUUAGUAUCAGAAACAUCACCACUUAUGUUGCCACCGAAUGGAUUUAUCGAUGAACAAUCUUUGGAAAAUAAUAUAUCAAUACCUGACGUGAAAAAACUCAGUCCCACUUCUGAAGACGAGAAUGAUAUGGCAAAAAUAGUUCCAAAAAAUGCAAUUGAAAAUAUUAGUAAUGCGAGCACAACAACUUUAUACAAAUUUGAUAAUAGUCCCAAAUCAAAAUCACAUUUACCCGGAUACAAUAAUGGUGUAACUAAACCCGUGGAACAACCGAUUCCUUCACCGGUCAAACGAGAACCGCCACCUUUACCAAAAGUUCCACCACGAACCAUACAUUCAGUUACGAAAAAAUCAUUAAAAAAUGUGGAACCAAAAAUUGCAGAUGAUCGAAAACCAGUGGAACCGUUAAAUGUAAUCAUAAAAGAUUCGGAAAAGGAGCAAAAUGGGCUUGUUCAAAUCAAUUCAGCCUUAAUUAUAUCAAAUAACAGUACAACAUGCCAAUCUGCUCCUGUUUUAGAAACAACACUUCCUCCAACGGGAUUAACAAAUCGGGAAAUCGAGAAAAAUUUAAUAAAUCGUGUAAAAACAGAACAAUGUAAUAAUAAAUUAGCAACAGUGGACAAUAGUUGUUCGUCAGUGAAAAGUGAUGAAAAAAAUUGUGAACAGACAACAGGUGGUAGUUUGCUGAAGGUCACACCACCUAAAGUUACAAAUAAUAGUGGUAAUAGUAGUAGUUUGUGGAAUCAAAAACCUUGGCAUCAACAGCAUAGUAAUACUAUGGUUUUUAACUUUUCUAAUCGUACAGAAGUGCCGGAUUAUAUUGAGAAUGAUGGCAUUAUUCGGCGACCAAAACGUGAAAAACCUAAACCUGGUGAAAGUGGUAUAAUUUUAUUAGCCGAUGCACCAGAAGAUGAAUCAUAUACCGAUGAUUUGAGUGAUGCUGAUUUGAUGUUAAGUUGUCCACCUAGUCCGUGUAAUGUUGAAUUUGAAAAUGAUAAUAUUCUAAUCGAUGGAAAAUCUAGUUUUUGUAUAGUGCCUAAAAGAAAAAAGAUGAAAAUUCAAUUUGAUGAUUCUGCAACAGAAACAUAUGAAUAUCCAUCAGAAAAUUCAUUAAUGGAUGAAAGUUCCUUAUCAACAUCAACAACAACGCCAACAACAGCCAUUUCCACUGCCAAUAAUAAUAAUUCAAGUUUAGGAUUGACAUCAAAUAAUGUGUCUGCCGAAGCGGCACCAUCACCACUAGGUACAUUACUUCAAAAUUACACACCAAGUAAAGUCGUACUAAGUUCAGAGUAUUUUCAAUUGGGUGUAACACGAUCAUCAAAUUCGACUCCAACCACAGAUGGUCAAACGACAACAACCACAACAUCGUCAUCAAGUGCUACGUUAAAUAGUUUUGAUGAAAAUGAUUAUUUAAAACCUGCUAUGGAAGUUGAUAAUAUUACAUGGGGUUCAGAAACUGUUGCUGAUUUGUUAUUUUAAAGUGC